AUGCGUGCGGCGUGGGUCGUCGUCGUCUGCGCCUGCGCGCAGGCGCUGGUCGCACCCACCACCCGCGUGAUCCGACCACGAGUGCGCCGCUGCGCCGCCGCGAGCCCGGCGCACGCCCUCGCGGAGCGGCCGCGGCGCCGGUUGCGGCGCCGGCUGCGGCGGUCGGCCAUCGGCCUCGGCGCCGGCGCCGGCGUCGUCCUCCUCGGCGGCGGGCGCGGGUCCGCGCUUUAUUGGAGCCUCGUGCCGGCGCUGCUGCCGUGGACGCCCGCGUUCGACACCGCGCGGCUCGUGGUUUUAUUCAUGCGCGCGGCGCGCGUCGACAUCCUCGAGCAGCGGUUCCGCGUCGAGGCGACGGCCUUCUCCGACCCGCCCGAGGCCCUGACGCACCCGCGGCCCCCGGAGCCGCGGCGCCUCCGGCGCCUGGCGGCCGCGGCCGCGCGGCCGUUCGCGCCGUCGGCGCCGCGGCCGCGGCCGCUCCGGGUGCUGUGCAUGGACGGCGGCGGCAUGCGCGGCGUGAAUUUGUUGUGCAUGCUCGAGGCGCUCGAGGCGCGCCUAGGCGCGCCGGUGCACGAGCGCUUCGACCUCGUCUGCGGCACGUCCAUCGGCGGCGCGGGCGCGCUCUUCAUGGCGCACCUGGACCGCCCGCUCGCGGAGGCGCGCGAGGCGUCGGACCAGAUGCGCGAGGCCUGCUUCGUCGGCGCGUCGAGCUGGCGGCUCCUCGUGCGCGGCUACGCCGCGCGGCGCGCGCCCGGCGAGGUCGUGUCCGCGCGCGUCGGGCCCGACCGGCCGCUCCUGGCCCCGGCGGCGCGGGCCGCGGCGCCGCCCGCGGCGGCGCGCCUCGACCUCCCCGACACGCUCGGCUUCGCGUCGGGCCGGGGCCGGGACGCGCUGCGGGCCGUCCGGGCCGCGCGCGACGCGCUCUCGGCGCGCGCGCUCGCGCCCCUGGCCGUCGGCUACUACGACGGCUCGGAGCCCGCGGCGCCGCCCCCGAAGCGAGCCGCAUCCCCGUUCCGGCCGCGGGCCUUCGCCGUCGCCGCGCGCGAGACCGAGGGCGGCGCGCUCGAGCCGUUUCUCUUCCGGACGUACGAGCCGCCGCCGGGCGCGCUCGCGGCGGGCCGGUGCGACGCGCGGCUCUGGGAGGCCGUCGCGGCGACCUGCGCGGCGCCGACCUUCUUCGCGCCCGUGGCCAUCGAGGGCGAGGCGGGCGCGGACGUCUACGUCGACGGGGGCAUCGUCGCGAACGACCCGACGCUCCUCGCGCUGAGCGAGGUCGCGGCGCUCUGGCCCGACCGGCCCGUGGGCGUCGUCGUGUCCCUGGGCUGCGGCCAGCAGAAGCGCCGGAAGCGCGAGGGGCGGCGGCGCGGCGAGGCUCGCGCGCGCGCGCGGCCGCGCAUCGCGCGGUUCCGCCGCGCGGACGUCGACGGCCUCGAGGACGCGGCGUUCACGGAGCGGCUGUUUCGGAGCCUGGGCCUGUCCUGGGAGCACGAGCCGCGCAUCCGCCGCGCGGCGCGGCGCGCCCUCGACAAGCGCGGCGCGACCUACGUGCGCCUCGAGCCGCCGCUCGAAGGGCAGGAAAAGAGUGCUUCAAGUUCGCUUCAACAUGCGCCGCUCGAAGAGGCGGUGAGCCUCGCGGAGACGGACGCGGCGAAGAUCGAGGCCAUGAAGCGCGGCGUCGCGGACUGGGUCGCCGCGCCGGAGCAGGCGCGCGUCCUCGACGACGUCGCGCGGCUCCUCUCCGAGGAGCAGGCGGGCCUCGCGGCCGCGCUCGCGCGGACCGUCUCCGCGCUCGACGGCGCGGCGCGCGGCGCGCGCGGCGCCGUCGCGACGCUGCCGGACUCCGUCGGCCGCGUCACGGCGCUCUUCGAGCCGCGCAAGCCCGAGGCGACGCGGUGGCCCAAGGCGACGGCGUUCAUACGGUCGCGGCGCGGCCUGUCGUUCUGCGUCGCGAGAGCCGACGGCACGGUCUGCGGCGAGCCCUGCGACGUCGUUCUUUGUGAAACCCAACUCAAGAGAGACCUCGGCGAAAUCGCGCGCGGCUGGCGCCGCGACAACGACCCGGCGGCGGUUUCGCGAGGCGCGCCCGACGCGUGCGGCGCGCCCGCGCCCUGCGCGACGGCGACGGCGCCGGCGACCUGCCCGCCGCAGCCGCUCUGGAACCGCGCCUGCGAGGCCCAGGGCGUCGGCUGCGACCGGCGCGGCGCCGCGACGCCGCUCGACGUCGUGACGUCGGCGUAUCCCGUGACGCGCUACUGGCGCGGGCUCAAGCGGUCCCUGCCGGGGGGCGGCGUGUCGCGCAAGGACGCGACCUACGGCGGCCCGCGGAGCCCCGUGCCGGCCUUCUUCGGCGACUUCGACUGGCUCGCGCUCGCGCGGCCGGAGUUCUCGUGGGACAAGGGCCUGCUAGACCCGACGUUCGUCUUCGCGCAGCCCGAGGCCCUGCGGGCCCUGCGCGCGCGGCUCGAGCGCGUGGCGCCGGCGGCGCGGCGGCGCCUGCUCUACGUGGGCGGCUCCGACGCGCGGCUGUCGGGGCCUGUGUCGGGGCGCACGAAGCUCGCGGGCGGGCGGUCGACGCGCGCCGCGCUCGAGGCGGUCCGGCCCUGGUUCGCCCGGAUCCACUUCGAAGGGCUGGACGCGCCCAUCGGCCUCAACGAGCUCUACCUCCAGGAGGCGGACCUCGCGCCGCUCCUCGCGUCCGCGGCGGCCGCCGCGCCGAACAAGACGGGGGACGUGCUCGCGGCCUGGGGGGCGGUCUGGAGCAAGGCGUCGACGACGGCGCGGCUCCCCGGCCGCGCGGCCGCGACCGACCUCUGCGCGCGGCGCGGCGGCGAGGCCUGGCUCGACUGCGGCGCCGUGGCCCGCGAAGACUGGUGGGCGGCGCUCGCGGGCCACAAAUUCAUGCUCGACCCCGCGGGCCACGGCGUCCAGUCGCCCAAGUGGUACGAGGCCCUCCUCGCGGGCGCCGUGCCCGUGUGCCUCCGGGAGCCGGCCUUCGAGGCCCUCGCCGCCGCGGGCUGGCCCAUGGUCCUCGUCGACGCCUGGGACGACGUCGCCGACGCGGCCGCGCGGGACCGGUGGUGGGCGUCGGCGGGCCCGCGGCUCGCGGCGCUCCGCGCGGCGGGCGCGCUCUCCGCGGCGGGCUGGUUCCGCUACCUCCAGCGGAGCCUGGAUGUCCGCGUAUAG